AUGUCUUCAUCCAGAGGAAACAAGCCACGAGCCGGUCCGCUGCCAAACGACGCCAAGAGCGGACCAAAGGGGGAAGCAAUGACGCCCAUUCCCUCUGCCUCACUGAUCGUCCUAUGUCCACCGACCUCCACUUCAGAGUCCUCGGAGGGCAAUAGUAGCAGCAAUGGAGGGAGUUCAGGCGGAUCCAGUGGUCUGACUACCCUCAUGCUGCAGCGCUCCGCACGUAUGGGCUCUUCCUUUCGCUCCGCCGUCGUCUUUCCCGGAGGAGCCCUUGAUCUAGCUGAUCAGGACGCCGUCACAGACUCUAGAGGGACAGAGACACUCGAAGAAGAAGCGACUCGUAUGGCUGCACUGCAAAUCUGCUCGCUCAGAGAGACAUUCGAGGAAACGGGACUGCUGCUCUUGCCGAGCGAACGAGGGAGGAAAGAGGGAGGAGGAGAGGAGAUACCUUGGAGUCGGGCGGUGGGACAUCGUGAGGCGGGUUUGAGCGUAGAAGAAUGGCGAGAUUGGAGAGAAAAGGUUCAUCAAGACGCGUCGACCUUCCGACCCUUCCUGACCCAAAUCGCCAAGAACCUCCAAAUUGUCCCUCCUCCCUCAUCUCCUUCCUCGCUCCCUCUUCCACCCCUCACCUACUUCUCCCACUGGAUCACCCCCCGCUCCGUCGUCCGCCCCGGAAAGCGCUUCUCUGCCCACUUUUUCCUAACAGUUCUGGAUCUCCCUCCAAGUCGCGCCGCCAGCCUCGCCGCAGACUUAUCCGCCGAUGGCACAGAGACGCUCUCUUUACGUCUGAGUAAGCCGGAGGAGUUUGUACGCGAGGCACUCGAGGAUAGACUGGUGCUCUACCCACCGCAGUUCUACAUUCUGGCAGAUCUGGCCAUGCUGGGCGGGGGAGAGGCGCCGGGCGCGAUGGCGAGCUUCGAGGAGCGGGUGGGGAGGCUGAGACCGCUGGCCUUUGGUGGCUCUGUUGGGGGCCAGGAGCAGUCCACCCCUAGUGAAGCCUCUCAAGGCUCUUCACCCUCUGCCUCCGCUUCUAGCCGGAGACCCUCCUCUCCAAAGCCUACAGCGGUGGAAGAGGAACCCCGCGACCUGCCUCCAGGGAUGAACUAUGCCUGGGAUCGACACACACCCAAGGAUUCCGUCACCGGCUGGGUCGCUACCGAAAGCGCUAGCACCUCGCAGCGCAAGGGUUCCAGCCGCCCAUCGGGGAGGAUCACAUCCGUCGAGCCUCGCGCACUACCGAAGCUGGGCGGAAGCAAACCCAAGAGUAUGCCUGCGCUAGACUUUGGCAAGUGGGAACCUGGAGAGAUCAAGGACGCCGAAAAGGAGAGCAAGAGCCAGAGUCAGAGUCAGAGCAAGAGCAAGAGCGGGGAGGAAGAAGAGGCCGAAGCGCCUUUUAUCUUCCCUCUUGUCCUACCAGGGGAUCAUCGUGCCUCUCCUACUCGACAAGCUCUUCCUCCUUCCUCUUCCUCUGCAAGGCCCAAAUCAUCUCCCUCUGCCUCUCCCUCUCCCUUCUCGAAGUCCACUCUCCCACCCCUCAAUAGGGUGUACGUCUCUCCGCGCUCCCACGAGGACGGCGGUGGAUUGGUGGCCUCGGGCGCGGUAAGGAGAGGUCUGCCCGGCUUGCGUGAUUGGAGAGUGGGAGUAGGGUUGGUAGAGGAUGAGCGUGCCGACGCAGGAGUGGGACAUGGUGUUGGGAAGAAAGGGAAACUGUAG